GCAUGGGAUGAGAAGUGACAUGAUGCCUGUGCCGAGAGCUGUUCUUGUUGUUGUGCUGUCUCUGCUCAGUGUGGGCUACUGCCACUAUGAAGUAAACCCUUUGAGAUCCUUCAGACAUGAGAGAGCAAUUGUGAAGCUAGAACAAGAUAUUAAACUGUAUGUAUCGCCAAAUACACUGAAUAAGUCUGGCGAAUGGGUGACAGUUAGUUGGAGCAGUGUUAGCCAGCCGAGCACGCUGGAUUGGGUGGGUCUGUGGGUGCUGCCUGAUAACCAAACCAGCAUCGAUGCCAAGACGAAGGCACCUGUAAAGUAUCAGUAUUGCAAUCAUUCGAGCACUCAUUUGUCCAAGGGGUUUGGAAAGUUGAGGAUUUACUUGGUCAAUAUGCGUGGAGUGAACCAGUUUGGAUUUUUUAGGGGAGGAUUUGAGAAUCCCACCUUGGCUGCUGUUUCUAAUGUUGUCACCUUGGAGUACCCCAAUGAGCCACUUCACGGUCAUCUUGCUCUCACCAACAACAUUGCUGAGAUGGUCUUGAUGUGGGUGACUAGGGAUGCAACUACUCCUCAGGUGAAGUGGGGAACUACAAGCAAACAGUACACAAGCACAAAGAAUGCUGUGAGCUCCACAUACAAAGCCACUGACAUGUGUGCUUCUCCUGCAAGGGACUAUGGAUGGCUGGAUCCUGGACUGAUCCACAAGGUUACACUGGAUGGGCUCAAGCCACAAACCAAAUAUUUCUACAUCUUUGGUGAUGAUGCUUAUGGCUGGAGCGAAGAAUUCAAUUUCACAUCAGCUCCUAAGACUGGACCUGAUGUCGUAACCAGAGUACUGGCAUUUGGAGAUAUGGGUCAUGGUUUGAAAGACGACACUCGACAAGUGCUUAAACUGGAGCAGCCUUCCCUGAACACUACAAAAAAUCUGAUCAGUGAGAUGGGAGCCCACGACCUCAUCAUUGAUGUUGGGGACAUAAGCUAUGCUGAUGGUUAUGAGCCCAUUUGGGAUGAGUACUUUGAUCAAGUCAAGACACUGCUUGCUGGGCUACCAUGUAUGGUUAACCCUGGAAACCACGAGAGCGACUCUCCCAACUCAGAUGCUUACUGGCAGGAGAAUGGUUCUGGAGGAGAGUGCAACGUCCCUUAUGUCAACAGAUUUGCCAUGCCAACUCCUGGUCCCCAGCAGCCAUGGUAUGGGUUUGAUUUUGGCUGCAUCCACGUUGUGAUGAUGAGCACUGAGCACGACUUCACCAGCACCUCCAAGCAGUACACCUAUCUUUCAGAGCACCUCAAGAGUGUUGACAGAACGAAAACACCCUGGCUGAUAUUUGGAGGGCACAGGCCCAUGUAUGUGGAUAGUUCCAAUGAGACUGAGCCUUCAGGGCAGAUACCAGUAUCAAAACUACUGAUACAACAUAUUGAACCUUUACUGGUGACUUACAAGGUGGACAUUGCGUUCUGGGGUCAUCACCACACCUACCAGCGUAUGUGUCCAGUGGUGAAUGGCGUCUGUCAGGAAGGAGCUCCAGUGCAUGUUAUCAUGGGAAUGGCAGGCAGAGCUCUUCUUCACGAUCUCAGUCCAACUCCUCCAAGUUUUGUUAAAGUGCUCGAUGAGUGGCACUGGGGUUAUACGCGGUUUGUGGCUAAUUCAACAACGCUGGUGUUCCAGUACAUCCACAAUGACGGGAAUAUUUAUGAUACAGUGAUCCUCAAAAAGAACUAAUCAAAGACUUUUGUGAACACACGUAAUAUUAAAUGUGUUUGUACCAUGACAACGGUAAAUUGUUACAUAAUAGGUGUUUGACCUUUA